CAAAAAAUCGCGACUUCAAUCCACUCGUUUUACCUCUAAGAAUAACAGCCGAUUCCAAGCUACGAACAAGCUUCGAAACCAUUGCCUGGGCUACCUGUGAAAGCACUAACGCAUCGACGAUCAAAGAUGAAGAGAACGCACAUGGCGAGGACAAAUCGUUUCCUUUCAUUCGUCUGAUUUCGUAUGGUCUCUUAUAAAUCCGAAAUUACUUCGAUCGUUAUAAAAGACUAUCACGUGCUAAAGAUACUACCAGGAACGCCUGGUAGAAGUGAAAUGGUUACACUCUUAUUUAUCCGCGCGAUAGCAUAGUGACGAAGAGGCCUUAUAAGGCCUUUCGUCACAAAAACCACUGAAGCGGCUAGUUGCAUAUAAUAGCCACCGCUAAACCGUCUAAGUCUUAAGUUAUGCAGAGACAAAGAAUCAUUAAUUAUCUUUCUAUACGGGCUGAGUCUAAACAAGCUAGGGAUGGACGAGCUCGUCGUGAGCAAGCUUUCUGUGCGCACACAAGUAGGGUUUAGCCCACACGAGAUUGGCAAGCUGCAAGAUCUCAAGGUCACUGUUGUGUUAAAAACAGAUCUAAAGAAAGCAGGCGAAUCGGACUGCGUUGAGAAUACUAUAAAUCUAAAAUGCCUAACUAAAGACAUCAUGUUUCAUUUGGAAAACAAAAGUCUAAAGCAAGUCCUUCUCCAGAUUGAGAAGAGUCUCGGCCGAGAGAGAGAUAAAAAUAACAAGAAUGCACCGCGGACCAUUGACCUGGAUAUAUCAUUCAAUGGCUCCAAGGAAAUCCAAUACUGUCUUCCCAUUGGUUCAUCCAGCACCACGUGGUCUUUGCCUGACCCAGAUACUCUUAAGCAUGCCCACGUCAUUAUCCCCCUUGCUGAUGUCACUCCAGAUUUCAUACACCCGCGAACCAAGCGCAGCUUGCAGGAGAUGGCUCGGGAUGCCUGUGGUGAAAAGGGGUUUAUCACAUUUUUCCCGACCGUAAAGGUUGAGGAUGCUUCAGGCAACAGUCACGUGAUGAAUGGCGACGACUUUAGCAUUUCAAAAGAACAUCACGAGCAGCAGUAAUCAGUCAUUCUUUUUGCAUAAUCAAGAUCACGUGGCCAUGACUAAGACUUGCACCAAAAAUCUUAAGAAUCUAAAAUGUAAUCUUACCAGAACGUUUGUCUGUUUGUUCUGCUUUAUAUAAAAUAGCGACUGGCCAUGGCACCCUUGAUAGUUGACGAUUUCCAUAGUUUAGUUUAUAGCACGUCCGCUAACAUUUGCGGACCCUCAUUGUCGAUUACCUUUUGUAUGUCUAAAUAGCGUGUUUUCAAUUUUAAAUUACGUGGCAGAAGAGCGAUUUCUUCUAUGAGUUAGAACACUUUUUUUAAGCAAUCGUUCUCUUUGACCAUUUUUAUUAUCAUUUUGUAUAGAAUGUCGUCUUGUAUUGUGUAACACUGGUAGCAUGGUCGGGGAUUUUUUGGAUAAUGGUAGUAUCGUCACCAAGGUAUUGUGGGUAUUGGUAGUAUGGUUGCCGGUAAUGUUAAAUACUGGUAGUUUGGCUGGGGUAUUGUUGGAUUCUGGUAGUAUAGUCACAAGGCAUUGUGGGAUACUGGUAGUUUGGUCGCAAGGUACUGCGAGAUACUGGUAGUAUGGUUGAGGUAUUGUGGGAUACUGGUAAUUUGGCUGGGGUAUUGUGGGAUAGUAGUAGUUUGGCUGGGGUAUUGCAGGAAACUGGUAGUAUGGUUGGGGUAUUAUGUGGGAUACUUGUAGUAUGAUUGGGGAAAUUCUGGGAUACCGGUUCGGUAUUGUGGGAUACUGGUAGUAUGGCAUUGUGGGAUACCAAUGGUAUGGUCCCCAGAUGGGAUACUGGUAUGGUCCCCAGGUAUUGUGGGAUACUGGCAGUAUGGUUGGGGUAUUGUAGGAUACUGGCAGUAUGGUUGCGGUAUUGUAGGAUACUGGUAGUAUGGUUGGGGUAUUGUAGGAUACUGGCAGUAUGGUUGGGGUAUUGUAGGAUACUGGUAGUAUGGUUGGGGUAUUGUAGGAUACUGGUAGUAUGGUUGGGGUAUUGUAGGAUACUGGCAGUAUGGUUGGGGUAUUGUAGGAUACUGGUAGUAUGGUUGGGGUAUUGUAGGAUACUGGCAGUAUGGUUGGGGUAUUGUAGGAUACUGGUAGUAUGGUUGGGGUAUUGUAGGAUACUGGCAGUAUGGUUGCGGUAUUGUAGUAUACUGGCAGUAUGGUUGCGGUAUUGUAGGAUACUGGCAGUAUGGUUGCACUAUUGUAGGAUACUGGUAGUAUGGUUGGGGUAUUGUAGGAUACUGGUAGUAUGGUUGGGGUAUUGUAGGAUACUGGUAGUAUGGUUGGGGUAUUGUAGGAUACUGGCAGUAUGGUUUGGGUGUUGUGGUAUACUGGCAGUAUGGUUGCGGUAUAGUAGGAUAUUGGUAGUAUGGUUGGGGUAUUGUUGGAUACUGGUAGUAUGGUUGGGGUAUUGUUGGAUACUGGCAGUAUGGUUGCGGUAUUGUAGGAUACUGGUAGUAUGGUUGGGGUAUUGUAGGAUACUGGCAGUAUGGUUGCGGUAUUGUAGGAUACUGGUAGUAUGGUUGGGGUAUUGUAGGAUACUGGCAGUAUGGUUGGGGUAUUGUAGGAUACUGGCAGUAUGGUUGUGGUAUUGUAGUAUACUGGUAGUAUGGUUGCGGUAUUGUAGGAUACUGGCAGUAUGGUUGGGGUGUUGUAGGAUACUGGCAGUAUGGUUGGGGUAUUGUAGGAUACUGGUAGUAUGGUUGGGGUAUUGUAGGAUACUGGUAGUAUGGUUGGGGUAUUGUAGGAUACUGGCAGUAUGGUUGGGGUAUUGUAGGAUACUGGUAGUAUGGUUGGGGUAUUGUAGGAUACUGGCAGUAUGGUUGGGGUAUUGUAGGAUACUGGCAGUAUGGUUGCGGUAUUGUAGUAUACUGGCAGUAUGGUUGCGGUAUUGUAGGAUACUGGCAGUAUGGUUGCACUAUUGUAGGAUAUUGGUAGUAUGGUUGGGGUAUUGUAGGAUACUGGUAGUAUGGUUGGGAUAUUGUAGGAUACUGGUAGUAUGGUUGAGGUAUUGUAGGAUACUGGCAGUAUGGUUGGGGUGUUGUGGUAUACUGGCAGUAUGGUUGCGGUAUAGUAGGAUAUUGGUAGUAUGGUUGGGGUAUUGUUGGAUACUGGUAGUAUGGUUGGGGUAUUGUUGGAUACUGGUAGUAUGGUUGGGGUAUUGUUGGAUACUGGCAGUAUGGUUGGGGUAUUGUAGGAUACUGGUAGUAUGGUUAGGGGUUUGUAGGAUACUGGCAGUAUGGUUGGGGUUUGUAGGAUACUGGCAGUAUGGUUGGGGUAUUGUAGGAUACUGGCAGUAUGGUUGUGGUAUUGUAGUAUACUGGCAGUAUGGUUGCGGUAUUGUAGGAUACUGGCAGUAUGGUUGUGGUAUUGUAGUAUACUGGUAGUAUGGUUGGUAGGAUACUGGUAGUAUGGUUGCGGUAUUGUAGGAUACUGGCAGUAUGGUUGUGGUAUUGUAGUAUACUGGUAGUAUGGUUUGUAGGAUACUGGCAGUAUGGUUGGGGUUGUUGAGGCCACAUUUGUAAUAACCUGCCACAUUUGUUAUAACGACCACAUUUGUAAUAAGAUAGGCCACAUUUGUAAUAAACUAUCCGAUAUCUCAUGAAAGAAACAUCGUAUGACAUCCAAAUUUGGUAGGUGUCAAGUGGUGUGCAACCAGAUGGUCACGUGAUAUGUGACGUGAAGUGAUUCUAAAAAAAGGAAUAUAAACGUAAAAGAUAUGUCAUGAUAGACACAUCGUCAGGCUGUCAAACAUGCAAGAUGUCAUGCGAGUGGUAAUACUUGUAAUACUGGCCUGGUAAAAUAAGCUUAGUCACAAAACAAUACUACCCCACCAAAGAUUUAUUUGGAUCACUCUUACAACACAAGGUUACAUAUAACUGUAACAGUAUGAGAACUAAGCCCUAUCAAUUAAAAUUCCCUCAUGUUCUUUA